AACUGGUCGUGUUUCCCUGGACUAUGGUGGUGUUGCAGAGGAAGCAUUCCAACUCGGGCCUAUCAGGGCUCUCAAUUCAAGAGGGUUGUUAGGAAGGCCCUCGCCACAGUAUCGUGGUGGUGCUCGUAAAGAACCAUCACAUCGUCAAGAACACAAACCGUCAUCACAUCGUAACCCUCCUAGUCGUUCGGCUGCACAAGGUAAACCUGGACCAUCCUAUGGUAAUGUUGAUAGACGUGGGGGAGAUCGAGAUCGGGACAGGGGACGAGGAGGUGGAGACAGAGGGAAAAGCGGUAAAAGUGAUAAGGAAAAGCGCAGUCCAUCCAAUGAAGGCGAUGAGAAGAAGUUUGACCCCACAGGUUAUGAUAAAGAUUUAGUUGAGAAUUUAGAGAGAGACAUUGUACAAAGAAACCCCAAUGUACACUGGGGUGAUAUUGCAGGUCUGGGUGAAGCAAAGAGACUGCUAGAAGAAGCCGUAGUCUUGCCGUUAAUUAUGCCAGAAUUCUUUAAAGGUAUUCGUAGCUGGAAGGGAGUCAUGAUGGUUGGACCCCCUGGAACGGGAAAAACUCUCUUAGCUAAAGCUGUAGCUACUGAGUGUGGUACCACAUUUUUUAAUGUCAGUUCAUCUUCUCUCAGUUCAAAAUAUCAUGGAGAAUCUGAAAAACUUGUUAGAAUUUUAUUUGAAAUGGCCAGGUUCUACGCACCUAGUACCAUAUUUGUAGAUGAAAUCGACUCCAUAUGCAGUAAAAGAGGAACAGCCAAUGAACAUGAAGCCAGUAGACGUGUUAAAUCAGAACUACUUAUACAGAUGGAUGGUGUCGCUGGAGCAACCGGUGUAGAAGAUCCAACACAACAAGUGAUGGUGCUAGCAGCUACAAACUUCCCAUGGGAUAUUGAUGAAGCACUGAGAAGGCGUCUUGAAAAAAGAAUUUUUAUUCCAUUACCCUCAACUGAAGGUAGAGAACAGUUAUUACAAAUCAAUCUACGUGAGGUGUCGUUAGCGGACGAUGUAGUCAUGUCGUCAAUUGCUGAACAACUAGAAGGUUAUUCCGGUGCUGACAUCACUAACGUAUGCAGGGAUGCCUCUAUGAUGGCAAUGCGUAGACGUAUUCAAGGAUUACGACCAGAUGAGAUUCGUAAUAUUCCAAAAGAUGAGCUUGAUCUUCCCACCAACAUGGCAGAUUUCCAGGAAGCGAUUAAAAAAGUAUCCAAAUCUGUUGGACAAGAAGAUUUACAGAAAUAUGAAAAAUGGAUGGAGGAGUUUGGAUCAGUUUAAAAAUGCAUUAACAUGUGGUGAUGUUCCAUCGGUGGCGGACUUUAGUGGACGAGUACAAAUGCAGCUACUGCUUUUGUCCUGGAUCAUUGGCCAACUUUUCCAGAAGUCUGACACUGCUGUUUGUUUAAUAUGUAUAAACUAUCUGUUUCUGAACGUAAAACAACUUGUGAAAAAGCUGAAAAUUAAAAAGUGCUCGGAUACUACAUGUACUUAAGUAAUGAACAGUAGCACCAAAACGUCUCAACGCGUCCGGUCAAUAUGGCUGACACUACACCGACCAGAUGUACAGAAUGUAUGAUUUUUGCACUGCUUGUUUGCUGUUGAAUGCAUUUACAUUGACUGUAGUUUUGCUGUAAAAUGUGUUGCGUAAUAAAAAUGGAGAAGAUAGACGUGACUUGUGUCAAUGUUUUUUAUUGUAUAUACAUAAAUAAAUAGUACAUGUACAAUACA